AUGGACCGGGUACAUGUACCCGAGUAUGACUUGGCUAGUGAAAGAAGGGGAACGCUUGUUGGUGGUCUGCAAGGCAGACGGAUCGGCUGGGCACAAGCCGAGCGGAGUGUCUGGCAGAGAAAAGAUAUUUCUGAACUAGGACCAUUCCAACAUGGACCAAAUUCCAAGGUUCUGGACAGGUAUUUCCGGUCCAUCCCCGGUCGUGAAUUCUCUUCUAACUGUCCCGUUCGCCCUUUCGUGGACAAUGCAACGGCUCUCGUGUACGAUGAGCCCUGGGAGGUUUACGACCAUUGGAAACUUGGCAAAGCCGACCGAAGCAAUAGGGACCGGAUUCUCGGGACAGUUUAUCAACGGAGAGAAGAAGUCGGGUGGAAUGGCUAUGUCGUUGAUACCUGA